UUUCCCAGAUUAUACACUGUCUGUGCGACAUGUUUCAUUUUCAGAACCUCUUUGCGUCGUAUUUUUAGCUUAUUUGCGGCGGGUUGUUGUACAACUGUCGUCUAAAAACUACAUUUCCCAUGAGCCCGCGCGCUCUCGCUUGGCAGCGGUAUAGAUUUCAGUCAGGGAGGGCGCUGCCUGCAAAAUAUAAUCCAUAAUGUAGCGUUGUUUAUUUUGCCUACUACCAAAAGCUGAAUUUUGGGGGCAUUUUCUGCUUUGCAUUGAUUAUUUAGCCGAAUGUAGCUGUCGUACUCGGCUCUUGUAAUACCAAAUACCCGGAUGAGUCGGAGGCCUCUGAUUUGAUCAGACCGUCCCGGCGCUCCCCUCGCGGAAAUGUAGUUCGGAGGAAAUUUGACUCUUGAAAAAAAGAACUACAAAUCCUUUAAAAAUCGGUUUAAAACGCGAAAUAUUUAAUGAUUAACAACGCGAAACGUUUAAUGUGAACAAAUCCGGCCUUACACGCUUCAAAAUUAAUUUAAAUGUCAUUUAUUUUUUCUUCUUCACCGCCCACGUGGGUCACGUGGCGAGCCUAUGGAGCUGCUGUAGGGUCAGUGUUGUUAUAAAUAUGUGAAUGAGGUUGAAUUUCUGAGGAUAACCAAACAAGGGAAGGGCACUCGCCUGCGACCGAGGACACAAUGAGAGUAUUGAUCGGUGGAGGGUCAGGGUUUGUGGGCCGUGAACUGACUCGACUGCUGAAGAGCAAAGGUCAUGAAGUCACCAUCAUCUCCAGACAGCCUGGUCCAGGCAGGAUCACAUGGGCUGAUGUUGAAUCCGGUGGUCUCCCGCCGUGUGAGGGGGCAGUGAACCUGGCCGGGGAAAACAUCAUGAACCCACUGAGAUGGUGGAACGACAGUUAUAAGAAAGACCUGUUCUCCAGUCGAGUGGACACCACGAGGGCUCUAGCUCAAGCCAUCGCGGCCUCUUCUUCACCUCCACGAUCCUGGGUCCUGAUCACAGGAGUGGGUGCUGUGUUGGGGCGGGAUGGUGGUGCCAUGAAGCAGAUGCUGACCCCGUUCUGGCUGGGUCUGGGUGGUCCUCUGGGCUCGGGUCGUCAGCCAUUCCCUUGGAUCCAUGUCUCAGACCUGGCUGGAAUCAUCCUUCACGCUCUGGAGACCUCCAGCUCACCCCCCUCCACACAGCUGGAGGUGUUUAACGGGGUCGCUCCGGCGCUCAACACCAACUACGAGUUCACAAAGGAGCUGGGCCGAAUCCUGAGGAGGCCCACCCUGUUUCCCGUCCCGGGGUUCCUCAUGGACACCCUGCUGGGCUCGGAGAGAGCAGUCAUCCUCAUGCAGGGUCAGAAGGUCGUUCCCAAGAGGACUCUGGAGUCCGGCUUUCAGUUUCGGUACCCAGACCUGACCUCGGCCCUCCGGGAGAUCGUCGGAGGCUAGUUAUUCAGACGUAGCCGGUUUAUUGGUUACUCAUUUUACGGCUUUUAGAGGCUGAGGGGCAUUUCAGAAAGAAACGGGUCACAAUGGCAAUCACUUUAUUAUUCUAAUCAGUUUAUUUUAAUGUGUAGUCAGAGUGCACUGCUCUAAAAACUUAGUGUUUCCAAAGCCAGUCUUUGGGGACCUCCACACAGUCCACUUUUUUGCUGUAUCCCACCUCCCAGUACAUCUGUGCUGGUUCUCGGUUCUAGAUAGGGAUGAAAAGACAGCUGUAGACUGCCUGGGUGUCCCCAAGAUCCGGAUUAGAAACCAGCAGAGUUCUCACUGGACCAACAAGACUUCAGACCACUGUGGAACCUGAAUACAGAACACCUGGCUCAGGUGUGUUGGGAGCUAGAAUAGAGCAAAAUUGUGGACCCUCUUGUUUGUCCCCAGAAGCAGUGGGUCUGUUCCUGUCUUCUGACCCAGUACAGUCAUUGGUGCGGACAGUGUGCUGUUCAUUCAUCCACAUGUCCGGGUUUCUGGAUCGGCUUUGACGUUUGAUAUUUCCUCUAGUCCUUUCAGGGACCCGGCGCUGUCGUUCCUUCAUCAGCGACGCACGUACUGGCUGUUUAAGGUGAUUACGGCUGGUCUGGAGGUGCGUCGUCCUCCUCCGUGUUGAUGAUUGGCAGCCGAUCUCCCCAGUUGCUGCUCCGGGCGCAGCGGUAUGCGUCCCUGAAGGUGUGAAUUUUCAGCGUUAGGAGAUCAGAUCACAGCAGAUUCCGUUAUUAGUAAAGAAAAGGCAGCCACGCUUUACCGCAAGCCUACAUAACACCCACAUAAGCUUGUCAUGACAGCUGACAUAACCCAACAGAAAUGUUUAUUACAUGAUGCUUAUGGCAGCAUCUGUCGUAACCAUUAUAAAGAAUGGCGCCCUCUGGAAUAAGCAUGUAUAAACAUUAUAUAAGAUUGUUAGAUGUCACGACCAGCUUAUGUAGGAGUCACGCAGCCUUAUGAACCGUACCCUACAGUAAACUCUUACCGAAAAUGCUUUAAAAGUGUUUUGUUUGCCGUGAUCUGGAUAAUCAAUACUUCCAUGCCUAUAUCUAUCAAAUCUGAUUUAUUAAGUGUAAAUAUGGAUAGUAGUAGAUUAAAGGUAGGUUCAUCUGCUGGAAUCAACAUUAAAACGUGACUAUGCACAUCUUGUUCUCUUGGUUUAAGUCAUUACUGUAAAUAAAACCUCCUUUCUUCUGU